ACGUACACACGAUUCAUACUGAAGUGGUCAUUGAGUCAGCAUAAUACAUCUUAUAAUGUCCGCAAACACUUUGACAAUAUAAAGUAAGGAGUAUUCAGUGUUUGCUGUUUUAUUAUAAAACUCAACCAUCUUUGGAAUUUAACAUUUUCUAUUAUAUCUGUACGUAGUCAGUUAUGGCAUGGAAGACCUUGGUGAUAAUCGCUCUGGGCAUGCUGAGCGUGGCGCUGGUGAUAAGCAUUGUUAGCUGCUCCAUACCCUACUGGGUGACUACCAAACAAGUUGGAUCCUCUAAAGUCUGGAUGGGCCUGUGGAAAAUCUGCUUUAAACAAUCGGGAAAGCUAGAUUGCACUCAAAUCGCGACCUCAGGCUGGUUGAAAGCUGUACGAGCGUUUGUAGUGCUGGGUAUUGUGGCCACCAUGGUGUCCCUCGUCAUGACAACGCUACACCUACGAGCUGAACAGGUGCUCUAUCCAGCCGUCGGAGCGGCUUCGUCUGCUGCCGCGUGGCUCUUUUUCGUUAUAGCAGUGGCAAUAUAUGGAGGAGAGAUGAAGUUUCCCAACAGUGGUGGCCACUUCAGUUCCGGGUAUUACCUUGCAGUAUUGUCCGACAUCACGUGUCUUGUUGCAACCGUGCUGAUCCUGGUAUCAUGGAAGUCCUCCCGGCGAGGGGGAUACGACGUCGUCCCGUAAACCAUUCAGGGUCACAUCCAUUGGGAAUCAACCUUGCAAACUAUCUGUUUUAUCGAUAUAUCAAUGUUUAUAUGUUUGGAAAUUACAGGCAUAUGUCAUGUGCAUACUUAUUAACUAACCAUAAAUAAAUACAUAAUCAGUUUACACACAAGUGUUAACGGAUGUCGAAAGCAUUGCCUUCUUCGCCGGUUUCAUACAUGUCAAUUUAAUACAAACUUCCAAUAAAAAAUAUUUUUUUCGUC